CGUAUAACAUCGUGCAGCCUCUUUCAGAUUGCUCACAUCCGGCUGAGAGAUUUAUAUGCUGCCAUCGCAGCAGUUAUCGGUGCCCCUCAUGGAUAUCCACAAAGACCAAGCUUGGAUCACGAGACUCAGAGUUUUCCUUUUCCGCAAACGCCCUAAGAUGUCUGAUCCCGAAGAUUUUAAACCGACUGACAGCCUGGAUUGUCGAUAUAAAAUCGACAAAGAGGUUUUGAAAAAAAAGCUUAUCGAGUUCGGGAUACCCGAGAAUCAAAUUGCAGUAAAGGUGCGGUUUGAGAUACUGAUCAGUCUACCUGCCAUUCAGUGAGACUUUGCAUCAGUAACUAAACCCUAUCACAGCUUACAAAUAGAACCGGAUGCCAAAUGCAGCUCCCUAGACAUUUGACUGAGGUACGUUAGCAAGACCACUGAGAUGCAGCUCGUUAAAUUGA